CUGUUCCAGGGGCCCAGCGAUUCCUGACCCAGGUGUCCUGACCCCCAGCUCCUGCUUAGAGAUUCCUCAGUGCAACCCUCAGAGCCAGCCCUCUGUGAGGAUGGCUGAGCUCUGACUUCCUGCCCAGGACCCCCAGGAGCCAAAGUCCUUUCCAGGCCCCCUUCUUUGGCCCUUGGGCUGGUCCCCAUCAGGCCUUGGGCUCCCCGGCUCCAGUUCCAUUCAGGGAUUCCCAGCCUCAGCUGUGCCAGAGGGUCCCAGGAGCCCUUCCCCAGAACACUUGAGUCUCCCCAGGGUGCUGCCCUCCCUGCCAGGAGCUCUGGUGCCCCCUGAGCCUGCCCAGCCCCUCCCCAGGCUCCCCCUCAGCUGCCCCUUCCGACCCUCUUCUCUUCCCAGGCUCCCCCCUGAGCACAGGCUGCCUCUUUCCUGUAUUUCUCCCCUUCAGUGACUCAUUUUACUCUUUUACUGUCUCUGCUUUAAUGAACCUAAACCGUUCACAGGAAAAGCUGCUGGGCGGCUCCUUUCCUUGGCCUGAAGGGCUGACCUGAAUUUACUCGCCUGCCGUAUUCUCAGUAAACCUGAACCGAUUCAAGGUUCUCCCUUAUUGUGUCCAAACUCCUCAUUUAACCCUGGCAGAGACGAGGCCGGGAAAGCUGGAGGAGCUUCAGGGGGGACUCACUGGGGCUGCUUUGCUGCCUCCACAGGGAGCCUGGAGUGCCCGGGAUGGCCUUGGAGAGGGACAGACUCGCAGCCCAGGAGUUGGUGACAUUCAAGGAUGUGGCUGUGGACUUUACAAAGGAGGAGUGGUGCCUCUUGUCCCCUCCCCAGAAGGAGCUGUACAAGGAGGUGAUGCUGGAGAAUGCCCAGAACCUGCUCUCUGUGGAAGGAGAAAUCAGAUCUGAAAUUAAGGCAAAUCCAACAGACAUAAGCUUUCCAUUGGAAGAAGUGGAACUACAAAGAUUCAUGCGUGGUGGUCCCGGUAACUUUGCUUCCAGGGAAUUCUGUGUUGCACCUCAAAAUUCAUCUCAUAUUGAACAUCAAAGAAUGCACACUGAAGAAAAAUGUAGUGAACAUAAUCAGUUCAGAAAGACUUUUAUGCAAAGGGCCAGUCUUGCUGGACAUCAGAUAAUGCACAGUGAGGAGAGACCUUAUGAAUGCAAGCAGUGUGGUAAGACAUUCUGUCAGAGCUCCAGCCUUGUUGAACUUCAGACAGUCCACAAUGGGGAGAAACCCUUUCAAUGCAAGCAGUGUGGAAAGGCUUUCAUACUGAGUUCCAGCCUUGCUGAACAUCAGAGAACCCACUCUGGGGAGAAACCUUAUGAAUGCCAGCAAUGUGGAAAGGCAUUCAGGCGAAGUUCCAGCCUUGCUGAACAUCAGAGAAUCCACAGUGGGAUGAAACCCUUUCAAUGCAAGCAGUGUGGGAAGACAUUCUGUUGGAACUCUCAUCUUUUUGUACAUAAGAGAAUCCACAGUGGGGAGAAACCUUAUAAAUGCCAGCAGUGUGGAAAGACAUUCUCUCGAAGCUCCCAUCUUGCUGUACAUCAGCGAAUCCACAGUGGGGAGAAGCCUUAUGAAUGCCAGCAAUGUGGAAAUACAUUCAGGCAGAGCUCCAGCCUUGUUGAACAUCAAAGAAUCCACAGUGGGGAGAAACCUUAUGAAUGCCAGCAAUGUGGAAAGGCAUUCAGGCAGAGUUCCAGCCUUGUUGAACAUCAGAGAAUUCACACUGGGGAGAAACCCUUUCAAUGUAAGCAGUGUGGAAAUACAUUUAGCCGGAGGUCUAGUCUAGUUCUACAUCAGAGAAUCCACAGCGGGGAGAAACCCUUUCAAUGCAUGCUAUGUGGAAAGGCUUUCACACUGAAUUCUAGUCUUGCUGAACAUCAGAAAAUCCAUAGUGGGGAGAAACUUUAUGAAUGCCAGCAAUGUGGAAAAUCAUUCAGGCGGAGCUCCAGCCUUUCUGAACAUCAGAGAAUCCACAGUGGGGAGAAACCCUUUCAAUGCAAGCAGUGUGGAAAGACAUUCAGGCACAACUCCAGUCAUGGUAGACAUCAGAGAAUGCAUACUGGUGAGAAACCUUAUGAAUGCAAGCAAUGUGGAAAGACAUUCAGUUACAGUUCCCGUCUUGUUGUUCAUCAGAGAAUCCACACUAGGGAAAAACAUGAAUGCAAGCAGUGUGGGAAGACAUUCUAUUGGAGCUCCCAUCUUUCUGUACAUGAGAGAAUGCAUACUGGUGAGAAACCUUAUGAAUGCAAGCAAUGUGGAAAGACAUUCAGUUACAGUUCCCGCCUUAUUGUUCAUCAGAGAAUCCACACUAGGGAAAAACAUGAAUGCAAGCAGUGUGGGAAGACAUUCUACCAGAGCUCCCAUCUUUCUGUACAUGAGAGAAUGCAUACUGGUGAGAAACCUUAUGAAUGCAAGCAAUGUGGAAAGACAUUCAGUUACAGUUCCCGUCUUGCUGUACAUCAGAGAACCCACACUGGGGAGAAAUCUUAUCAAUGCAAGCAGUGUAGAAAGACAUUCAGACGUAGCUCUAGCCUAGUUCUACACCAGAAAACCCACACUGGGGAGAAAUCUUAUAAAUGCAAGCAGUGUGGAAAGACAUUCAGUCACAACUCUAAUCUUGUUACACAUCAGAGAACCCACACUGGGGAAAAACCUUUUGAAUGUAAGCAGUGUGGAAAGACAUUCAGUCGGAGCUCCAGUCUAGUUCUACAUCAGAGAAUCCACACUGGGGAGAAACCUUAUGAAUGUAAACAAUGUGGAAAGUCUUUCACAUUGAGCUCCAGCCUUGCUUUUCAUCAGAGAAUUCACACUGGGGAGAAACCUUUUGAAUGCAAGCAGUGUGGAAAGACAUUCAGGCAGACAGCUAAUCUUGCUAGACACCAAAGAAUCCACACUGGGGAGAAACCUUUUGAAUGCAAGCAGUGUGGGAAGACAUUCAGGCAGAGCUCCCACCUUUCUGUACAUCAGAGAGUCCACACUGGGGAGAAACCUUAUGAAUGCAAGCAGUGUGGAAAGAUAUUCAGUCGGAGCUCCAUUCUUGCUAUACAUCAGAAAACCCACAGUGGGGAUGAACCUUAAGAAUAAAAGCUAUGUGGAAAGAUGUUCACAUUUAGCUCCAGUCUUGCUAUUGUGUAAAGGAAAUUGUUCCUACCCCCUUUUCUGGAGCAGCAGUGUGUAAUUAGAAAUCUGUUACCCAAAACACUGAUUUUCAGCACCCCAUUCUUAUUCUGUUUUUAUGUGCUGAUGGUAUAAAUUUGGUGAAGCUCUUCCUUUUGCGUUCUUCUCAUCCUUUGAGAGCAGCUGAGAACACAGGGAUUAUUGAGCAGCUGCAAAACUUCAGUAAUUUGGUUCUAUUAUGCUAGUUAGUGUACUUUAUAAUAUAAUUGAAGUAUUAAACACCAUUUCAAAUUUUAUAAAUUUUAAAGUAGUCGGCAAACAUAGUAUAUGCACCUGGAUAUAGGUACUGAAUUUAAGAGUCCUCUUCAAUUCCAAAAGCUUUAAUUAAAAAUUCUAUACUAUUCAGAGGGGAAUGAACUGGCAGUGAGCAAUGCAGUCUAUAAAGCUAGGAAUUCACCUCCAGACUCUAAGGUUCCUUCCCUUCAUCAUCCAUCUGUAUUCCAUACAUCGCAUCUCUGGGAUCUCCCAUAGUGAGGGAGAACUUUGCACUGAGCAUAGUGUGGAGGAAUCUAAUUUUGGAUGUGUUUUUGAGACUGGACAGGUCAAAAUGGCAAGGGGAUGUAGGGAGAUGAAUUUCUCCCUUGAAUUUCAGGAGUAUUCUAGCUAAUUUCAAGGACCAGUGCACCUAGGAACAGUAGCUAUUUAAGAUUGCUCUUUCAUAAAAUGGGCCAUACUUGCAAUUUUACUUUCUGUCUAGUUUGAAGGAGUAACCUUCUUCACCCUCAAGAGGUAAAAUGCCAGAGAGCAGGUGUUUACAGGGAGCUGCUUUCAGACCACGUGGCUAGAGGCAAAAAUGAGGUUUAAGUGACUAUUGUGCUCAAGACCCUCUUGGGGGCUUGGAAAAAUGAAUGAGCAGACUACAGGGAGCAAAAUUGCACUAAACUUUUUGUUAAUUUCAGCUCAAUAAUCAACACUAAUUACAAAAUAUUGAGCUAAACUUGCUUCUAGUCUUCUGGAAUUUUAGGCUAGAGGUACAACUUUGUUGGAGUAUCUGGGUUGCUUCUUCCAGGUGAAAGAAGUCAGGAGUGUUAAAGGCUAAUUGUUGCUAAAAAAAACCACACCCCUGGUUUAUGAGGUCACAGUGAACAAUGGCUAUCCAGCUUUUGGCAAUGUAAGGGAAAGAGGGAUUUAUAACUUCCAAGCCUCAAGAGAGUAGCUCCAAGGAUUCCCAGCUUGUCAGCAACAGCAACAGUAGCAGCAAGAACACAACAGACGGUAAUGGAGAGAGGCAGGAUUGGGAGGAGCAGCCUGAAGAAGCAACACCUGGGAAACUGAAGAGUAUCCCCGGGGUGAAACAAGGCCAUGGCAGGAUAAAAGUGGUUUGUUUUCAAACUAAUCUCUUAGCAUUAAGGGUUCUGAACCACACUUCUGUGGUCAAAAUAAAUGUAAGUUUUAGAUUAA